AUGGACCCAAAGGUGCUAUGGAGGGUGUACCUGUUGCCAGGCGGGGUUGGGGUGCACGCAGCACUGAGGCAGGGAGCCCGACCUCCUAGGCCCACUCCACUCCCGCUGCAGGGGAACUUGCUGCAGUUCGAGUCUGGACGCCUGGACUGUGCACUCAUGGAACUCUCUGGCCGCUGGGGUCGUGUGUUCACGGUGUGGCUAGGCACGCGCCCUGCAGUGGUGCUGUGCCGCUACGCAGCGCUGCGGGACGCACUGGUGCUGCAAGCGGACGCCUUCUCUGGCCGCGGGGCCAUGGCAAUCUUCGAACGCUUCACACGCGGAAAUGGCAUAGCGUUUUCUGAAGGGCCGCGCUGGCCGACGCUGCGCCAUUUUGCACUUGGAGCACUUAAGGAGUUUGGCUUGGGUACGCGGACUGUCGAAGAGCGUGUCCUGGAAGAGGCGGCUUGUCUACUUGGUGGAUUUCAAGCCACUCUAGGAGCCCCGUUCAACUCCCGGCGGCUACUGGAUAAUGCUGUAUCUAAUGUUAUCUGCUCCGUGGUCUUUGGGAACCACUAUGGCUAUGAGGACAUGGAGUUCCUGAGGCUCCUGGACCUUUUCAAUUACAACUUUCGCAUCAUGAGCUCCUGGUGGGGCGAGGUCAUGUACAUUUUCCCCUCCCUCCUGAACGGGCUCCCAGGCCCACACCACUAAAUGUUCCAAAAAUCGCUUCGGGUUUUCAUCUCUCAGCAAAUCCAGCUGCACCAGCAGACGCGGCAGCCCGGGAAGCCCCACUAUUUCAUCCACAGCUUCCUGGAUAAAAUAGAUAAGGUACAGGAGAACCCGGAGAGCCAUUUCCAGGCAGAGACGUUGGUGAUGACGCAUAAUCUCUUCUUUGGUGGUACAGAGAUCACAGGCACCACCCUGCGCUAUGGACUCCUCAUUCUGCUCAAAUACGCAGAGGUGUUAUCCAAGGUGCAGGCUGAGCUGGAUGGCGUGGCUGGCCGAAUGCGUGCCCCGACCCUGGAGGACCGAGAGCACCCGCCCUGCACCAACACUGUGCUGCACGAGAUCCAGCGUUUCACCAGCGUGGUGCCCUGCCGGCUCCCGCGUGUUCUCAUGCAACACUACUUCCUGCCCAAGGGCACCUUUGUGAUUCCUCUGCUUGUGUCUAUACACCGGGUCCCCACCCAAUUCAAGAACCCAGAAUGCUUAAACCCCACCAACUUCCACAACCAGGGCGAGUUCCAGAGCAACAACGCCUUCAUGCCCUUUGCCCUAGGAAAGCGGAUGUGCCUGGGUGCAGGCCUGGCCCCAACCGAGAUCUUCCUCACCUCCAUUCUACUGCGGUUCUUCCUGCUCCUUGUGGGGAGCCACUCCGACACAGACCUCACCCCGCAGUGCACUGGCCCGGGCAACGUGCCCCCAGCCUUCCAGCUCCGCCUCGUGGCCCGCUGA